AUGGAGUUAUUUAACUCAGCUCUCGGGAAAAACAUCACUUUUGUGCAUCCUGCAUAUUUCAUAAUAAGUGGCAUCCCAAAAAUGAAACAUUACUGUGUCUUUCUCUUUUUUGUUUAUGUUGUUUCAGUGCUGGGAAACACAGUUGUGAUGGCGGUAAUAUACUUGGAUCAUAAUCUGAGAACUCCAAAAUAUGUUGCAGUUUUUAAUUUGGCUUUUGUGGACCUGUUUGGUAACACUGCUUUGGUGCCGAAGGUUCUUGAUAUCUUUCUGUUUAACCAUCACUACAUCCCCUACAAUGACUGCUUGACGUUCCUUUUUUUCUGCUACACCUGCCUUUCGAUGCAGUCAUUUAAUCUGGUUGCACUGUCCUAUGACAGACUGAUAGCUAUCAUUUACCCACUGCACUAUCAAGUGAAGGUGACCAACAGGUUCAUGCUGUCUUUGAUUGCCUCUUUCUGGGUCUUUGUCAUAAUUGCUGUUCUCAUUGCAGUUAGCCUUCUGACAAGACUUUCCAUCUGUAAAUCUGUGGUUAUAAACAGCUAUUUCUGUGACCAUGGCCAGCUAUACCGGCUUUCGUGCAAUGACCAUUUUCCCAAUUAUGUUGUCAGUUGUUUGUACCCUGUUCUGAUAUUUUGGCUUCCACUUCUUUUUAUCUUGUUAAGUUACCUGUAUAUUGGCUGUACUUUGGCUAAAGUGGCCACGGUUCAACAAGGACUGAAGGCCUUUAAAACUUGCAUCGCUCAUCUCUUAUUGGUGGCAAUAUAUUUCAUUCCAAUGUUAAUCACAUUUACCCUGAUGGAAAAAAUACAUCCAAAUGACAGGAUCAUAAACCUGUCUCUAACCUCCAUCUUUCCUCCCAUGUUGAAUCCAAUCAUUUAUGUUCUGCAGACACAGGAAAUCAAGGUAUCUGUGAAAAGGUUAUUAAAAAUGAAAAUGGGCCUCAGGAUCUCG